GUGGUCUAUCUUGGUUUAGUUAUUUUAAAAUAUAUAUUUUACUGUACUGUCUCUUAGCUAGCUAGCUAUAGUCUUCCAAUACGACAGGUGGCAGUAACAGACCUAUAACGUUACAUUUCAAACUUAGUGGACGCAUGUGUAGCUGCAUACAUUUUUUGUAAAGAAACGGCGUGCAGCAACCAGGCAUAGCAGUGGAAUCAUGGCACUGAAUGCAGGUAAAUAAACAAGCUGCUUUCCUUAAAUGCUUAUGUUUUACUUUGGUAGGCUAUCUCACAAGUUUAUUUUGCUAAUUGUCUUUCAGAAUGCCAGAUGGACGUUUUUGUGAGUUAAAGUUUUGACCGGAAGCCCAGUUUGACAGCUAGCUUGGUCAGCUUAGCCAGCUACAGUAGCUGGCUAAUUGACUAACGUUAGUCAACUAACGUUAGUUGGUCUACUGGUGUCUCCAGAUUAGUUAGCACAAACAGACGUCGCAUAAUACUUGCUUGCUAACUAACUAACUACUGUUUGCGCACUAUCAAAAGUUAAAUUAUCAUCACCUAGCUGAUGUAGCUAUCAGCUAGCUUGCUAGGUUAACCGAAAUCGACUAACGCGUUAAGUUAUUGUACUGUCAGUUUGAUAAACUAGCUAGCUGCGUGAUGAGCAAGCCAGCCGUGUCCAUAUGACUGAGUUCUGGUAGUUUGAAUGUCGGUUUCCUCCCCUCACCCUCCAUGGUUUUCUUGUCAGACGACGAUGACUUCGAGUGGACACCCCCUUCAGAAUCUGAGAUGAAGGUUAUUCAUGCUCAGCGGGAACGACAGGACAAAAUAAGCAAGCUCAUGGGUGCCUACCUCCUCAAUGGCUACAAAAUGUUAGGAGAAUGCUGCGAGCAAUGUGGGGUGAGUGGGGGAUAAUCCAGACCAUCCCAGUUUAUAUAUUUGCCACCUGUUAUAUAUUUACUGAGUGAGAUCUAUAACUAAAUAAAUGUACUAUGUAAUGAUUUUUAAAGAUGAAGGGAUUGAUUGAUCUUGUUUUAGGAGAUUGUAAUGAGCGUCUAAGUAGUAUUUGGACUUGAGUUGAAUAAUUAGUCGUUUGUGCCUGUCCAGACGAUUCUCCUUCAGGACAAGCAGAAGAAGAACUACUGUGUUGCAUGUCAGGAGCUGGACUCUGACGUAGACAAGGACAACCCAGGUAAGAGUCUGUGCAGGGCUAGGAGAAUUUCUGUUAUGACUAGGGGAAAGGAGUUGCCUGACAACUCAUCCUGAAUUUAAUUUCGCUGCUCUGUUGAUCGCGCCAUAUAAAGAAACACUAGUGGGCGUGGCGUUUGGCUGGAGCAAUGUGGAUGGGUAGGUAGUCAGGCUAGGAAAGGAGUUUCCUGAGCUAACUGGGCCUAGUUUAUGACUCAUCUAACAUUAGUUUGCAACUGAACAAAUCAUUUUCUUGCUCCAACUAAACUUUUUUUUCUUGUCAUUUCCUUCUCUUUCCUGUUACUGUCCUCUCACUCUCAGCCCUAAAUGCCCAGGCUGCCCUGUCACAGGUCAGAGAGAGACAGCUAGCCUCUCAGCCUUUCCCUCUGGACAAUGGAGCCCCCUCCAGUGACGCUCCCCUCUCCAUCACAGGGCAGCCCCGACCAGAGCACUGUGAGGGGGCUGCGUCAGGACUGAGAGGACCCCUACCUCCACCAGCAAACCCCACCCCUGCACCCACCGUGACCCCCAGCUUCCUCCCUGCGUCCACCCCCUCCAUCCAGCCAGUCCAUGUGCCAGCCCCCAUAGUAGCCCUUGCACCUCACCCAGCCCUGUCCAGUGCUGAGGACGCAGUGCUGCACAAGCUGCGGUGGGCCACACAGGAGCUCCAGCACUCAGCCUCAGUAGAGGCUAGUAUCCAGCUGUGCAGUCUCAUCCGCAGCUGUGCAGAUUCACUGCGCAGCCUGAAAGAGCUUCACCAAUCAUGAGACUGAACUGAUGGAAAUUCUAAAAACAGAAACAAGGCAUAAACACACGCUCACAUAAGCAACACCGGAAGUUAUAGCAGCUUGAUUCCCUUGCAAAGGUUUUUGUGGCAAAAGUGAACUGCUUCACCUCUGCCGGUAAAGGUUAUUGUAAUAAACUUGGACAACUGUCUGUGUAUGCAUCAUUUGUAUUUUGAGGACCUGUAGUGUUACAUCUUUUAAAACAUUGCUGUUACUUUUGAUUUGAAGGCUUCUCUGUGGAUUCAGGGUAAAGUUUUGACACCAACUUGCAUGGUGAGAAUGGGCACCUCUGAGUGGUUGAAUAUCUCUGAACUAAAUAUAGUUGAGUGUUUGACUGGUUGAUAUUAAUGUACAUCAAUUGUUUAUAAAAAUUGGAAUUCAUCCACUUUAUUCAUACUUUCUCUGUGGUUAUUACUUCAUUUUAAAACAAGUGGCUUUUGUUUUAUGUGGCCACACAACAAUAGAGUGACAAAGUGGCCAUGUAAUGUAAUUGUAUGGAGUUGUAGAUAUAGUAGCAAUCUAUUUAUACUAGAAGAUGAUAUUUUUAAUAUUCAGUAGUGUGGUGGCAGUAGUGGGA